AUGGUCACCCAAUUGCCUUCAGGCUAUGGAAACUUUGACAAGCGAUGCCGUGAGCAAGCGAAUAUCACAUUUGAUAUAUUUCUUUCCAGAGUCACUGAGCAAGCACUUCGAUUCGGAUUCCAGAAUAAUGCGAAGAUCCUGUGUGGCGAUAUGUUAUUCUCCGGUCACACCGUGGCAGUAGUGACAAGUGCCCUUUUUGUCGCGUACUACUUGCCUCCACGGCUGCAGUUCCUACGGUGGAUUCCAUACCUCCUCGCCGCAUCCGCAGCAACUUGUUUGAUUAUAUCUCAUACGCACUAUACUAUUGAUAUCCUCGUUGCAUACUGGCUGUCGAAUUUUGUUUUCCGGACGUACCACGCGUUUUGUGAGAUCGACAUCGUCAUACAGCGGAGGAACUCCAUACUCUAUGGGAACUCGAUGCUUUGGAUUGUCGAAUGGCUUGAGGACGAUAUCGCCUCCGGAAAAGCAACAAACAAGUUCGAAUCUCCGUUUGACGGUCUCUUCCGCGAGCUGCGUCAAGGUCGAUGCGGCGAAGGACUACAUGGAAGAACUCAUGAGCAGCACGUACGUGGAGUUGUGGAGCUACAGCGACCACGCGGUGAGGUGACCAGUAGGGGUCAGCACCGUCGCCGCAGCGCUUAA